CUAAACUAUGGUAUAAAAUAAAGAGGAGUGGGCAGGAAGAAGUGAAAGAGACAAUUAAGAAUGUAACUCGUAUGAAGUAUCACGACAACUUUAGGAAUCACCACAUCCUGAGAAUCAAUAACCUGACGAAGAAUGACUCAGCAGAAUACACAUUCAGAUACCACAGCGAUGACCAAGGAUUGAGACCUGGAGUGAGUUUGGUUGUCACAGGUCUGAGAGUGAAGUUUACUCCCUCUGCAGUGGUGACAGAGGGCCAGAGACUCACCCUGAGCUGCAGUACCAGCUGUCCUCUGACUGACAACACAAACUACAUUUGGUACUUGAACAGUCGACCUUUGACCCCGACAGAGAAGCAAAACAAACACCUGGUUCUGGACCCAGUCAGCAGACAGCAUGCAGGGAAUUACUCCUGUGCCGUCAAAACCCCCCACCACAUCAGCUCUGAUGAAAAGACCCUGACUGUCCAGAGUAAAAUGGGAAAAUGGACCCCAGCAGCAGCAGCAGUAGUAGUCGUCUGUGCUGCUCUCCUGGUUAUUAUACCCCUCGCUGCCUUCUGGUGGAUUAGAAGAAAGAGGACUUCCAGUCAACCUCCUAGAACUGAAACUUCAGACAACUUGGAGCAGCUAAACCCUGAUCCUGUGUAUGAAAACAGCUUAGCUCGACCAGCAGAGCAGGAAGAGCUUCACUAUAGAAGACUCCACUUCUCUGAGAACCAGGCAGAAGCUCUUUACUCCACCAUCGAACCACAUAAGCCCAAUUGA